AUGGCCAAGUGCAAGAACCAUACCACACACAACCAGUCCCAAAAAUGGCACAGAAAUGGCAUCAAAAGACCCCACUCACAAAGAUAUGAAUCUCUCAAGGGGGUAGACCCCAAGUUCCUGAGGAACAUGUGCUUUUCCAAGAAGCACAACAAGAAGGGCCUGAAGAAGAUGCAGGCCAACAAUGUCAAGGCCAUGAGCACACGUGCUGAGGCUAUCAAGGCUCUGAUCAAGCCCAAGGAGGUCAAUCUCAAGAUCCCAAAGGGCAGCAGUCAUAAGCUCAGUGGACUUACUUGCAUUGCUCACCUGAAGCUCAGGAAACAUGCUUGUACCCGCAUCACCAAGGGUCUCUGGCUCUGCUGGCCAAAGGCCAAGGCCCAAACCAAGCCCCAGGCUGCAGAUGCAUCUGUAGCUUAG